AUGUCCUCAAACACAUCCACCAACGACCCCCCCUACGACUUUACUCCGACCCAAGAUUGGUUUAGCUUCAACACCACCACUUGGAAAUCCCUUUUUCCAUACAUAACCACCCAAUCCCCUCGAGUCCUCGAAAUCGGCUCCUGGGAAGGCCGUUCCGCCGUCUUCCUCCUCACCGAGCUCUGCAAAUCCCUCGGCGAGAUCGUCUGCAUAGACCAUUUUGAUCUUCAUCGCACCGACGCGGGGCGCGAGCGCUAUCAGACACUCAAUCGAAACCUGUCGUUGACCGGGAAGAAGUUCCGGAUCAUCGACGAGUUCAGCGUUCCAGGACUGAUGAAGGUCCUUCGGGACGAGAUCUCCCUAACGGAACCAGGGUUCGAUUGGAUCUACGUCGACGGAAGUCAUGAAGCAGACGAUACAUUCCUGGACGGAGAGCUCGCCUGGCGCCUCGCACGUAAGGGAGCUAUCUUCAUCUUCGAUGACUACGACUGGGACGCGGAACCGAAGGAGAGUAGGCAUCAUCCGAAGCGAGGGAUUGACGCUUUCCUCGCACUUCACGCCGGCGAGUACAAGCUCUUGUCGGGCGAAGGGCAGUACCAGAUGAUAUUGCAGAAGCCUACGGAAAUGAGGAUUGGAUUCCUUCUGAAGGAUGAAGAGCAGGAGACGGCGGAGAACGAAGGGGCGCGUAUGAAGUUGGAGAAAGGCCUGGGCUGGGGGAUGUAUGUGGCGUACUGCGUCGAUCCUACAUAUGCCAUGCCUGCGGCAGUCUCCAUUCGCAGUCUCGCCAAGAAUACGCCUGGGAGGAUUACGGUCUACAUUGUGUCCUUUGGGCUCACGGAGGCGGACAAGGAAGCGAUCCGAAACUCGAUCCCUCUGCGUGACGAUCUCACUAUCCUCUUCUUGGAACCAUCGGAGGAGAGUUUCGUGAGGGAGACGGGGAUGGGUCCACUGUGGGGAAAGUUGGCGUUAGCCGAUAUAAUCCCUGCAGAGAGGGUGCUGUACCUCGACGCGGACACGCUCGUCCGAGGCGACAUCACACCGCUCUGGGCCACCGGCUUGGGGAACAACACGGUCGCUGCGACCGCAGAUGUCGGCUUUCCCAUGGGCUACGACGAAAAGAAGAAGAAGCGGUACUUCAACGCUGGAGUACUCGUUAUGGACCUAGUCAAGAUUCGAGCUCGGUCAUCAGAGGUCGAACGGGCAUGCAGAGAGGGGUCAACGAGGCGUUACAAAGACCAAGACGUCGUCAAUGAUCUCUUCACCUCCUGCGAUGGGAUCCUCGAGCUCUCCUUGCGCUGGAACGCCCAAGGUUUAGGUACCUACGCCACUUUCGCUUCACCUGAGCGGCAGUCACUCGAUCUCUCUGCAAUGAUCAACGAUCCGGUCGUUGUACAUUUCACAGGACCGCUACACCCGAGAAUGGAGGAGGUCUUACAUCCUUGGGUGCAGCCGUUUGUAGCGAAGCCGUGGGGUUACGCGGGGGCACCGGGACACCCAUACGCAGAAGAGUGGUGGGAAGCUUUAGACGAGACGGCGUGGAAGGGAUGGAGGGUAUCGGAACAGCGGAAGAGUAUUGGACAAGAGGCGAUAAAUAAGGCAAAGCAGGUGGCGACAGCUCGUUUUGAAGAGAUCAUAGAUGGAUAA